CACUGUUAACUCAAGCUGACAGUCCUAGUGGUACUUCUUCUUAGUGAGACUAUGUGACGCUGGUAGUCUCUUAUACUGUGCUGUUCUUUCACUCUCACCCCAACAACACACUAGUAAUAGACAGUUAACAAAAAAUCGACUUGGAACAUAAACAUAAACGACCUAUACCAUGGUAUAUCUUCUUAUGUCAUCUUUUCUCUAUGCUUUAAGUUUUUUUUCAUAUAUUGUCUUACAAUUUACUCCUCAUUUACUAACUCAACCUCAAGUAUUUUCCUUGUUUAAUUUACUCCAUCACUUAACUCACAGUUUUUUAUUCAAUUCGAUUAAUUUUUAUUGAUUCCUCAUUUCCACUUAUUAUAUCUCAAUUUGUACUUUGCCUUCACUCAUAAUGCUUUCCUUUUCUACUGUGUCAAGCGCUUUUCAUCCUCUUUUCACAAUACUUUUCUUUUCUAUUUGAUUAAUUUUCAUUGAAUCUCCAUUUUCACUUAUUUUAUCUCAAGUUGUACUCUCCUUUUAGUCAAAGUGUUUCUUCCUUUUCUACUGUGUCCUACUUUUACUGAUUCUCUUUCUGUAUCUCUGUUGCCCGCAGGAAAAAGAAGUUGAGGAACGUAUGCUUACCCUGGCCACAUUUCUGUCGCCGUUAUAUUUGACUUUGGCCCCUGAGUCGUUCAAAAAUCAGACAAAAUUUGAACGCGAGGCGUCAGAAUGCCGGCUGCGUUUGAAGCCAGGACGGCCUUUCUCGGGGGUGACCGCAUGCAUUGAUUUUUGUGCGCAUGCGCAUAGAGACGUGAACAAUAUGAACAACGGCUGCACGAUGGAAAAAGGAGUUGAGGAACGUAUGCUUACCCUGGCCACAUUUCUGUCGCCGUUGUAUUUGACUUUGGCCCCUGAGUCGUUCAAAAAUCUGUGGUGCUGCUGUGGCUAUUGAUUGGAGAUGUAUACUGGCUGCAGGUAUGGAUACAUCAUCAGUGCGUACA